AUGAAGGUACAAGUUUUCUUGUCUCCCUCCCAGCCUGUGCCAACAGCGCUGGCUCAGGUUGACCGCGAAAAGAUCUACCAGUGGAUCAAUGAGCUGUCCAGCCCCGAGACGCGGGAGAACGCGCUGCUGGAGCUGAGCAAGAAGCGUGAGUCUGUGCCUGACCUCGCCCCGAUGCUGUGGCACUCGUUUGGCACGAUCGCAGCACUCCUUCAGGAAAUUGUAAAUAUUUAUCCAUCAAUCAACCCUCCGACUUUGACAGCCCAUCAGUCCAACAGAGUCUGCAAUGCUUUAGCUCUACUACAGUGUGUUGCAUCGCACCCUGAAACGAGGUCGGCUUUUCUGGCAGCUCAUAUCCCUCUCUUCCUGUACCCCUUCUUGCACACAGUUAGCAAGACACGUCCGUUUGAGUACCUGCGGCUCACGAGCCUCGGAGUGAUUGGGGCCUUGGUGAAAACUGAUGAGCAAGAAGUGAUAAAUUUCUUAUUGACAACAGAAAUUAUCCCCCUGUGCUUACGCAUUAUGGAGUCUGGCAGUGAACUCUCCAAAACGGUUGCUACGUUUAUUCUUCAGAAAAUCCUUCUGGAUGACACAGGGCUGGCAUAUAUCUGUCAGACUUACGAGCGGUUUUCCCAUGUUGCCAUGAUACUGGGUAAAAUGGUCCUGCAGCUCUCCAAGGAGCCGUCGGCACGGCUGCUGAAACAUGUCGUCCGCUGUUACCUUCGCCUUUCCGAUAACCCCAGGGCACGUGAAGCUCUCAGGCAGUGCCUUCCUGACCAACUGAAGGACACCACCUUCGCCCAGGUCCUGAAGGAUGACACCACCACAAAGCGCUGGCUGGCUCAGCUCGUCAAGAACCUGCAAGAGGGUCAAGUCACUGACCCACGGGGCAUCCCUCUUCCUCCGCAAUGACUGCUGGGGGAGGUGGGGGACCGGGGAAGAAACAGCUCAGGUUUACAAAGAACCAGGAACAGGUGACCUCUUCCGCAACAAACUGGGCACGCCAGCUGGCUGCCGGCCUGUCGGACCAUCCCACCCAGCCAAAGGGCUGCUCUGUAGCAGUGCAGCAUGCCUCCGGGGAUCGCAACACCAGCAAAUGCUGAUACUACAGCUUCAAAAAAAAAAAAAAUCAAUAAAAACAAUCUGUAAAGAUCCCCAUCUCUCCAGGAGGCUUGGCUGGCAUCUCUCCCCCCACCGCCAGGCAGGGGGUGGUGCAGAUGUCUGCUCUUCCAGCUAGCUCAGCCUCCACCCAAGUGGCGUGUGACACGGGGUGUGCGCGCCACGUCCCUCCAGUUCCUUGUCACUUCUUGUUUACACGUCUGUUUAGAUGAGUAAGCUGAAUAAAAGCCGAUCCAGUUGUUUUA